AAGAGCUCUCUGUGGGUGGCGGCGCUCUUAGAAAUGAUAGAUUGUUUAUUUAAAAGAAGGAAAGACUUCUUUAAAAUCAUGUCCAAACCAAGCAAACAUAAACACUCAGCUCAGCUCAGAAGCUCAGUAGCGAGUCUCCUUUUUGGCAGCAGCUUGAGGCAAGCCUCGACACAGCACAACACCAAACCUUCCCUUUACUUUACUUUACGACUACACAAACAAGAGCUUCGUUGGGCAGCAGCGGUGGCAGUGAUGGUCGAGGGGAAGCCGUAUCGAUACGGGCUGAUAGCGGCGGGGCUGUGCGUGGCGGCGGUCGGCCUUUUCAUCAUGACUCAGGAACAACCGCACAUCUACGCCGCCAUGUGCGCUCUGGGCGUCACCAUGGUGUGUGUCGGGACCGCGUGGAGCCUCUGUCAGUGCUAUCCCAAGGUCAUUUUGGCUCCUGAGAUUCAGGAGAAAAGUCGAGAGGACGAAGUUUGUACUGCAGCUGGAGCAAGGCCUGCUGAGACUCUGCCGGGUUUCUGUGGCCAGAAGUCGAGUAGCAGCAGACUUCUUCCUGAAGCCCUGAAGAGCCACAGCUGUCCUACACUGCACCUGGUCUGAAGGAGGACGGUGGUGGAGGGGACACCGUCCAUCAUCCGUCCAAUCAAAACAUUUCACCACACUGCACUCAGGACAGUGAACAGAUCCUCUGGUGCAUUUUAUGACCUUUAAGGGUUAAAUAUGUGUUUUUUUAGUGAAUUAAAGUGACUGAUUUUGUAUCACUUUGUGCCUGUUAAUAAAUGUGUAUUGCUUGUGUGAUCCAGAAGAUGGCACU